AUGUUGUCGAUGAGGAAAAUGCACUCCAGGGCCAAGUCGCGGAGCUGUGACAACUACCUGAGUAUAAAGGACAGUGAAUCUUUGGACAAUUGCAUUCAGAGCACAUUAUCAGCCCUGUAUCGGCCCUUUGCAGCCACUGCCUCCACCGUCCUGUGGCAGCUCUUCAGUGUUGUGGAGAGACAGUACAGAGGGGACGGCCUUCGCUGCUUCAUAGACUUUUUGCUUCCAGCCAAAAGGAUCUUACAGAUAAUCCAACAAGAAACCAGCGCCAGAUUUAGAGGACUGCUCCUGUAUCAUGAAGGGUGGCCACUCUGCAUUCAAGACAAAGUGGUGGUGCAGCUCUCCCCUCUGCACAAAGUGAGACUGAAGCAAGGCGACUUCUACCUGCAGAUCGUCCCUUUAGGCCGAAAGACUGCAAAGCUUGUGAUAAAAUGUUUGUGUGUGAGUGGACAGGCCCUUGCAGAGAUCCCUAUUGCAGAGAGCAUGUAUGGCAGUAUCUUCACAGCUGAGUUCCUCCAGAAUGUAACACGUGACCGAAAUCUUUACCCGCUCCAGAACUGUCUACUGACCACCGGGACUGCCGUGUACAGGACCCCCUGGAAGAACGUGGUCAACCCUUUGUUUGUAAACAGCACAGCGGACGCUAUCAUGCAGGCGCGCAGUAUUGCCCGGGGAGGCUUCAGGGGACAUCUGAGCACCUGCAGCACUAGUGGAUCUACAGGGACUCUGGACAGCCAUCUUAGCUCUAGAGAGUCGCUUCACUCUCAAGGCACGGAUUCUAUUUUCUCUGAACCAAAUUCUCCAAACAGGAAUCAUAGACAAUCAUGUGAAAGCAAAGACACCUCUUCGAUCGUUAAUAAUAACACAAUACCUGAUGGGCACGAAGAUGGACGAGACAAAGCGUGCAAAACUCUCUCUUUUAGCACUGAUUUGAGUAACCCUGGCCCUCGCAGACGCUUGUCACGGGACUCAGUAGCAUUUGAAAGCAGGAGACUGUUCAGGAAGUCUUACAUGGAGGCGCUGCAGAAUCCAAUGGCUCUUGGUUCCAGCUCUGAGUCAAUCCUGGAGGAGAGUCCAGACCAGAGCACCAGUCCAACCCACAGGGACAGAGUUGGAAUGCCUAGCAACAGUCCGGACCUACGCAGCCCCCGGGAACACUUGCCCAGCAGACAGGGGGGCAGGGGGUGGUUGAGUGGGGAGGACAGGCCAAGUACCCCUCUGUUGUACCUCCAGAGGGGGCUCAAGGGUGGGGAUAGGCGCUCCAAAUCACUGGAGAGGACUAACAAGACGGGACAGGUCAAAGGUCACAGAGAGAGGUCCUCAUCAGGGGGAUCUGGCAGCAUUUCGCCCAAAAAACUCAUGAACGGAUAUGCACUUCGCUUUGGGAGAUUGGACGUAGAGGCGGCAUUUCAUCGCUCUGACAGAAGAGGCAGCAAAGACGAGCCAGCACAACAUGAAGGCAAUAGUGAAAGCAGAAGGCGCAAGCUCAGUGUGGAGGAGAUGAUGGGCCCCAAAUCUCCAUCAAACGGGGCGGUGGUCAGACUGUCCUCCACGUCAGGCGCUACACCUGCCGAAAACAUCACUCUGCCCACAUCAGCAUCAGAGGUCAACCAGGAACUGCUCAUGUCCGGGGCUGUCACACUACCAGGAAACCAGGACCGAGGGGGGCGGGCCGUGCUGCAGGUGUGCACCAGAGCACAGGUGUGGGGGGCUGAGAGCUGUAGAGCCUCAGACGUCACCUGUCUACUGGGCUACUUCCACUCCACUCUUAGAAAAGAGAGGCGGGACCAGGGCCUCACCGUUGUGGUAGAUGGCAGAAGACAGCAGCCCUGUGCGGCUCUGUUGUCAUCUCUGUCUGAAUUACAGAUUUUAAUACCAAAUGCACUUUAUAUAGUCCUUUUACUGGUGGAUAAAGAGACAGCAGCUAAGCCAGAGAGAGACUUCAUUGUUCAGACUGAGGUGCUUUCAUCAUUGAAGGCCUUGCAAAAGUAUAUUGACCAAACUCAGCUCACACGAGACCUUGAUGGUAGCUUCCCUUACGACCACAACCACUGGAUCAACUUCAGACAGAAAAUUGAACCGUUUGUCAGCAGUUGCAAUGCCGCCAUAUCAUCUCUUCAACAGUCUAUCAGCAUGCUCGGAAACAACAGUAGCCUAAAGACAUCCAAGGAGGUGUCUGACGUGAUGGAGAGACAGAAACAGUUGAUGAAGUGUGUUUUAGAUGACACAAGUUUGAACAGGCUGCGUCUCGAGGGGGGCACUGUCCUCGCACGCAUCAAGAAGGAAGAAGUUUGUGACAAUGAAAACUACAGGGAAACAAUUGAGAUGCUGAACACUCUGUACAACCGAGUAGAUGAAGAGGUCCAUAAACUUGUGAUUCUGUCGAACAAGGCUCAGAAGCAGCUGGAGAGUGUGCUGGAGGUGUGCAAGUUUGAGGAGCAGACAAACCAGAUUAAAAUGUGGUUUAGUGUAGAAGGAGAGAAGAACCUCACAUCUUUAGACUCACAAACUUUGAGUCUGAGUAAAAUCAAAGAGAUGAAAGAAGCUCUAGAGCGCUUUGCAGAGGAGUCCGUGCACCAACAGAGGCUCGGACUGCAGCUCGUGAAGGAAGCUCCAGAUUUACUUCCUGGUUCAGUUCUUAUCGACUUUAAGCAGCAUCUGGGCUCCAUCUUAAACCGAGUGGAGAGAAGGAAAAACCAGCUGGACAUACUCACCAACCUCUAUGAGUUUUAUGACUCGGCCAGUCAGUGGAUGGAUCAUUGCCAGGACUACUUCAAUCAACUGAACCUGGCCAGUGGGAAUAUUUCAGUUUCUCCCUGUGUGCUCCAGACUCUGCAGGAUUAUUACAAUGAAGCGUCCAAAUUUUCCUCUGACAACUUCAGCACUCUCAACCACAUGGUCCUGUCUUUGGAGAGCCCCCAGCAGGUGCAGAAGUGGAACUGCAUUUGGCACAAAUGUCAGAUGACCAAACAACAACUAGAAGAAACACUAUCGCGAGUUACAGCCUCUUCGGACUCCUCGGUUAUGGAUUCUUCUGAUUUUAUCACCACCGACCAGCACAAAACUAAGGGACUUUUAGUGUUACCUCCUCCUUUGCCUUUUGAGGACAAACCACAUUCAGCAGGACCCUUCUCUUGCCCCUCUAGCUCAGUUUCAACAAGUUUUAAUUUCCCCAGUAGUGAAAGAAAACUUAGUACAUCCAUGUUUGAGGACACGGACAGCGACUGCACGUUUGAUUCAAUUUCCUGCCAUUCCGAACCAGUUUACUCAGCUAAGUCCCGCCCACACAAGCCAAUGAAGAAGAUUAUGAAGAAGACAUUGAGUUAUGAGCUGACUCCCAGAGACAAUGGUCAUUCAGAUGCUAGUCAUGUUCAUGGAUAUACAGGGGUGUACAUUAAGGGACUGGAGGUGGCCAAUAAUGUUUCAGCGGAGAAGAAGCUGCAGAGACCUGAUGUGACGAGCCCCGCGUUGGGGCGCAGUCGGAGCAUGUCCACUCCCUCCAGAUUGCACAGCGCAGAGGGAGAUGCCAAGAAACAGAGCGGUAAAGUGCAGCACAUAAUGGACGAGAUGAUCUCCACAGAGCGGGAGUAUGUGCGCUCCCUCAGCUACAUCAUUGAGCACUAUUUUCCGGAAAUGGAACGCAUCGAUCUGCCUCAGGACCUCAGAGGGAAACGCUCCAUCAUCUUUGGGAACGUGGAGAAACUCUGGGACUUCCACAGCCAGUACUUCCUGAAGGAGCUUGAGUCCUGCGCUCACUCGCCUCUCUCUAUCAGCAGCUGUUUUCUCAGACAUGAGGAUCAGUUCGGUAUGUAUGCACUGUACAGCAAGAACAAGCCUCAGUCCGACGCCUUACUCUGCAGUCAUGGCAACGAGUUCUUUAAGAACAAACAGAUGGAGCUGGGGGAUAAGAUGGACUUGGCAUCAUAUUUGCUGAAGCCUAUCCAGAGAAUGAGUAAAUAUGCACUCUUACUGAAGGACUUGAUAAAGGAGUGCAGCCAGUCCCAGGAGCAGGAACUGAGCGACCUCCGAACUGCAGAGGAGAUGGUCAAGUUUCAGCUUCGCCAUGGCAACGACCUCUUGGCAAUGGACGCUAUCAGAGGCUGUGACGUCAACUUGAAGGAGCAGGGUCAGCUGCGCUGUCAGGACGAGUUCAUCGUGUGGUGUGGACGCAGGAAAUACCUCCGGCAUGUCUUCCUGUUUGAAGACCUCAUUCUUUUCAGCAAGACCAAAAAGAUCGAAGGAGGAUAUGACAUCUACAUCUACAAACAGUCCUAUAAGACAGCAGAAAUAGGCAUGACAGAGAAUGUAGGUGACAGUGGGCUGCGUUUUGAGAUCUGGUUCAGACGGAGGAAGUCACAGGACACAUUCAUACUUCAGGCCAGUUCUGCGGAGGUCAAAGCUGUGUGGACUGCCAUCAUUGGCAAGAUUCUGUGGAGACAAGCCCUGAGGAACAGAGAGUUGCGCAUGCAGGAGAUGGUUUCCAUGGGAAUUGGAAGCAAGCCUUUUAUGGACAUCAAGCCGAGCGACGCAGCUAUCAGCGACAGAGCCAUUGACUACAUCAUGAAAGGGUCAGAGUCCAGAACGCGAGCCUCCAUAGCAGUGCCUUUAUUUGAGUACUCCUCCUCAGUGAAGCGACCUCAUUCAACCAUCUCCAACAGCAGCACCUCUUCCUCAAGUAGCCACUCCUCCUCUUCUCUUUUGGGGUCUCUAAACCUGCACAUGUACACAUCCCCCUCCCACCCACACCCCCACCCCAUGUCCUGUGUCUCCCCAUUCGGACAGUGGCCCUACGACUGCAUAGAGGAAGAUGAACUGGAGCAGGACACUGGCAGCCAGCCCUCCAUGAUCAUGGAGAGCUCAGAGACGUCCUCCCAGUGCACGUCCAGUGACAGUGCCUCUGGUCUGAGUACACUGACUCUACCGGGAGCCCCCAGCCUGGCCCUAGACUCCUUCAAUAACAACACCAGUGAAUCAACCUCAUUCCUCUGCCCCUCCACCCCUCCCUCCUCCGUCAGCACUCCCUCCAUUUUUGAGAAAGACGAGGAUCUACAACCCCCGGGCACUAGCUUCAUCACAGCAAGCAAAGCGGCUCAAAUAGCACUGAGCCUCUCUACAAUGGUCUGACACUUUUAGCUCACUGUGAAGUCCCUGUGGUCAAAGUCCAUUGGUGGAGUGACGUCAGUGUGAAAAGUCUCAAAAAUGUUUUUUAGAUUUUCAGUUUUGACACUGGUGAUGUUACUUUUGGUACUUCAGUAAUUUGUACAUUUACUUCCCACACUUCAUUUGUUUAUAAUGUAGAUGAGUUUUAUGUAUUUUACACAGCAAUAGCACACAUUGUUGACUGCCCAUGUUUAAAGUUAA